UCAUGGGACUGAUUUCGACAAAUUCGCUGGAAUUCAACUGUUUAACCGACGAUCCAGCGUAGGUGAGGACAUCUGAUGUCGAGAGACACUAAAAAGAUAAAGUUCGAUCAAAGAGACGUGAAAAACAAAAGAACCGCGUGCUCGGCGAAACAACGACAUGAAAUACAAGUUCUUCGAUCUCUUCGGACACAAGAGAUGCCAACGUGAUAAGGAAAUCUGCAAUCAGUUCCAGGGAAAGGAAAUAAAACAGUCCUGAAAAUAAACCUCAGCUGUACAGUACUGACAUGAAUGUGGCUUUCUUGCUCUUCUCAGUGCUCCUCGCCUUAAUUUUCAACGUUUGUGAUGGCGCCGUCAAAGGUGCCAGAGCGAAUGGUGUAGAACACAAGACAAAGCUACAUCGUAAGAUUUUCCAUCAUCCGCAUCAUCAUCACCACCAUCAUUACCACCACCACCACCACCCGCAUCGUCGGCGUCAUCAUCUCGGUCAUCAUCGUCAUCUUUUACACUACCACCAUCAUCAUCCUCACCAUCACCAUGACAAUAGACCGAGGUAUCACCAUCGUCACCACCGGCAUCACCAUCACCAUCACAACCCAUUGCAUCACCAUCUCCACCACCACAACCAUUUCCACAAACACCCUCUGCAUCAUUAUCAUUAUAAAAACCCGUUCCAUUCCCGCCGCGUUUUGGACAAGCAUCACCAGCGUCACCGUCGAAGCGAUAUCCUCCAUGUCUCUGGUGUCUUACCCAACAAACUCAAACUGCACGUGCAAGUCAAAGGUAUGCAAGCGACAAAGCGGCAAUCCCUGCCCAAUUUGUUGGCCAACCUUGGUCAGCAUUUGAUGAACCUGGGAAGCAGUUUGUCACCGAGAAAAUCACAGAUGGAAAUUCCUUCCCCUUUGAAUGAAACCCGUAAUGAUAAAGUUGGAAAAGAAAUAUCGGAAACGCCUGUAACUGAAGGCGAUCAGAAUUUCGUAAAAGAUUCAUCGUCAACGCCAGCAGCUGCUCUGGAGGACUCACAGACAAAUAAUAUGUCAGUAACUAACGUUGAAGACCUCUUACACAACGCGCUCGACGCAGGGAGCAGUGACCAUAGCUGGGAGAGGGGUUUCUCUGGAAAUGGUGAAGCAAACGCAUUAGAUGCUACUUCCACAAAAGACCUCAACAGUGACGAAGCAAAAAAGGGAGACAGAAGAAAUGAAACCUAUUCGGAGCCUGAGAUUUAUGGUCCUGUGGAGAACCAGGAACACGACAUAUCUAAUGAUACCGUCGAGGAUUCUGCUGAAGAACAAAUUCACGAGAUAGAAGAUAAGCGUAACAAAUAUCAGCUUAAAGAUCGACAAGCUACCACAAAGGGAGAGGACAAGCCUCUUGUUCAGGGAGCUAAUCCGAAGAAUGCUGCAUCCAAGAAAGAUAUUUUAACAGACGACGAAAACACGCUCUCCCUACGACAAAAGGAAAAAACUCUUGAAAAUGGAACCGAGAAUGCAUCAUUACGCCUGGCUGGUGGAUCAUUACCUAAGGAACCCAAAAACUUAGAAAGCAACUCCACAUUGGACGAAAAUGAACGUCCCGUUGUCGAUGUUGCACCUGAAUCUAGUGUAACUUUGAUACACUCUAAUCAAUCAGCCAUCCCGUCAGAAAGUGAUAGUCAACAGAUCAAAGAAGAGAAAGAGGAGAAUAUUGAGACCUCAGGAAGUGGAGAGGAUUCCCUCGAUGAUGCGAGAAACAAUAAAGAUGCCAUAGAAAAUGAUGAUAGAGUAUUUGAAGAAGGAAGCGAGUCGGGAGAAGAACCUACUAAGGAUAAUAUCUUUGAUGUAAGUGAAAGAAAAACAUCUGUUAAGGACACUGCGAAGCAGUCUGAUUUUAGAGAAUCAAAGGAAGGUUUUAAAGAGCCCUCAGAUCAACCUGCGGUGGUCAGUGUCGCAGGAAAUCAAACUAUGGGAAACCAGAGUGAAGAGGCAUUUUAUCCAGACUUCACAGAGUCAAUCCAACCAAAGAAUGAGAGUCCUGUUCUAGAAGACAGCAAAAGCAGCGGCCAACCUUUCAUUGGUAAUGAUGCAGAGAAGGCAACAUUUUCAGUAGAUAGUGCUAUUAAAGAUGCAACGAUCCAUGAUAGCAACCCUCGAGAAAGUCUGGAUGAGUCUAAGGCAUCACAGUCUACCUUCAAUGAAACAGGAAGAGUUAUUUCCGACACAAAGCUCGAGAAAAGUUUUCACACAAACAGUGACCAGCCCAUUACCAACCUGGAUUUCAAUGAAGCCCAGCCAAACGAACAAGGUCAACCGACACUGAGCGGAAUAGAUAAUGAAUCACGAACGGCCAGCAUUACUCAAGGAUCUCCGGAAGAAACUGGGCAAACACAGGCCAUGAAUUCGCAGAACGACCAAAAUGGAGUUUCAGUUGGACCUAAAACUCCGGUUGCCGUAGAUGGCCCUGCGGAGCCUCCUCUAUCCAAUAUUGCUUAUCCAACAGUUGUGAAUGUAGAUCAGUCUCAAGUAAAUGAUUAUCACGAAGAUGCGUCCCAAGAUGUAAGUUCCGAAGAUAAUUCAGAUGAGAUUCCCGUCUACACCUUAUCGUCGCCGGUUAGUAACGAUUCACUGGCAGAGGAUGAAACCACUUUGUCGUCUAUGCCUGCGUCUUCCGUUAAUGCGGCGUCAGCUGACUUCAUUGACUCAGGAGCAAAUAUGUCCCCGGGAUAUUCAGAAUCAUCGCAGUUAUCUGAGGAAUACGACACGUUUCCCGCUACAACUGCACCAUCUGAAUUCGUAAACAGCACUUUAUCAGAAGAAGGUGGUUUCCAAAGAGACAUGCUCGACGACCCAGUACAGGAGUCUCUAGAAACAGUUGCUGACAGCAAACCGAGCUAAAAAAUAAAUGAUGAGCAAAGUGGAAUGAAAUUGCAUUGGUGACCUCACAAGCAAACUUUCUCUCCCGAGAAGAAACUUUCCUAUAAGGUUCUGAUGAACAUUUCCAAGUACUAUGGCCUGACAAGGAUAAAUCUUUUUUUAAACGUUGUCGUUUACGGCUCCUAAAAGACUACAUCGUUAUUUUAUUCUAAGUCCACCAUUGUGAUUUUAUAUUCAUUUUGAUAAUGUAGUCAGCGAGUGAUUGAUCAAGAGGAUUGGUUCUGAGAAGAACUACAUAGAAUGAGAAAAACGUAGAACCAAAAAUCGGUAUUUUGUUCCGUUUUGCUAAAUUGUAGUUUUGUCAUUUCUUCAUGAUGGGGAGCAAAACAAAAUGUGUAUUCAUAGGAUUUGCCAUGACAAACUAAGCUACUCUCAGGUUAUGUAACGUUACAAAGUAUUGAUAGCCAAACAGGGAUUUUCAUUCUGGUAGCCAGUGAAGUAUAUGUUGAACUGUAAGGUUACUAUACGUUUGAAAGUUGUACUUAUGGACUUGCUUGUAUAGCGCUUUAUAUUCUUAGUUGUAAAAGUUAUGUAACUUGUUAAAGAUUUAUCUUUAACUGCAUCAGUUUUUGCCAGCAACUGUAUAGGAUCUUCAAGAAUAAAUACUUU